AAGCCUUCUCCCAUGCCUUAUUCGAAGUCUUCGGCAUCCAUGGUACUAUCGAUGUUAUUCAGCCUCAUGGUUUGACUGAUCCCGCAAUCCUCAUUAACACGCUUGUCCACUAUGGUGUUUCAUCCGAGCUAGGUUGCGACUGAAAAACUCCCAAUUUUGAUGUUGAAAAUGACUGAAUAUGCAAAGGCUAACGCUAAAGACAUUGGAGAGGGUCUUGAAGUUCUUCCGGGUGUUGAAUCUCUUCUUCAGGCUUUGUCAUCAAUGGAUAAUUUACUCAUUGGAUUGGUCACUGGUAAUUUGGAAGAGAUUGCAUGGAUCAAAUUGGACGCGUUGGGUAUCAAGAAAUAUUUUAGUGUUCCGCAUAUUGGAGGAUUUGGGAGUGAUCAUAUUGAUCGAGCUCACCUUGUCAAAAUCGCAGCACGAAGAGCUGAAAAGCUCUAUCCCGGGAAAUUUGAUUUUCGAGUGCACAUUGGAGACACACCGAAUGAUAUUAAGGCAGCCGAAUCAGGAGGUGCUUUGGCUGUAGGAGUUUGCACAGGCAAUUUCGGGAAAGAUGAGUUGAAGCAAGUCAGCAAUGGAGGUGCCAUUAUUCUUCAAAAUCUUUGUGAUGCUAAACUCUUUUUUAACUUGCUUGGCAUUUGAAU